AUGGGAAACCUGUACGCCAUUUUUUUUACUCUAGGCAUGUUACAAACCGUUGCUCUCGCUCUAUCUUCCAGCUCUGCCCAGCAUCUUGUUCUCAAUCGUCGAGGCACAUCAACCCCCAGCAAUGCCACUUCGGGUCUUUUGUCUACAACCUUUGGAACAAUCUUCGAUGUCAACGUUACGAUCGGCGGGCAAACUUUUCCUCUCCUUGUCGACACCGGAAGCAGCGACACGUAUGUCAUGAAGAAAGGCUAUCAGUGUUUUGACAAGAGUAAUGGGACUGAGCUCCCACAAUCUGCCUGUUUGUACGGCAGUGCGACAUAUACUCCGUCUGCUACAUAUUCGGAAAUCCCGAAUGAGAUCUUCGGUGUUCAAUAUGGCGCUGGCAUUGCCUCCGGUGUCUUGGCCCACGAAGACAUCACUCUCGCUGGCAUCACAGUCAAGAAGUCAAUCAUCGGAGUGGCUAAUAGCUCGACUCCCAUGGGCGACGGCGUCAAUUCCGGCCUUCUGGGUCUAGCAUAUCCUGCAUUGACAUCGGGCCAUCCGGCCAAUGUCACAGACAACACGACCUACUUCUACAACCGCGUCACAUAUAACCCAUUGCUGUUCGCCAUGCAUCAACAAGGUCUCAUAGACCCAUACUUCAGCCUUGCACUGGCACGAACAUCACAGAAUACCACCUCUGGGUUUGGGGGCUACUUGACUCUCGGCGGCCUUCCACCAGUUCCGCACAGCGAUGACUUUACCAAGGUCCCAGUGGAGAUUGACAAUUCCGUCCCCAUUCAAGUCACGUCCAAUGAGCGCGUCCGUGCCUACUGGGCGAUAACCGUAUCUUCUAUUGUGUACGGCCCCGGCAAUAAGACCACGGUGCUCUCUGCUCCUCACCCAAACAACAUGACGACCUCUUCCACAACCAAAAACGGCACUUCAUUCCAAGCAUUCAUCGACAGCGGCAAUUUCUUCUCUUACCUUCCUGAGAAGACAGUGGCCUCUGUAAACUCCCUGUUCUCACCGCCCGCUGUCUUCGAUGCCACGACAGGAUACUGGCUCGUCGACUGUGCCGCCACCCCACCCCAAUUCGGCCUUGAGAUUGGUAAUCAGACGUUCUUUCUCGACGGUCGUGAUCUUAUCUAUCAAACCGCUGACCCAAGCAGCGGUAAGGCGCAAUGCGUCUCGAAUAUCUUGAGCUCGAACUUCAAUGGGGGCACGGCUGGGGAUCUCACAUUGAACAUCAUCGGCGCACCCUUUCUCAAGAACGUGCUUACGGUGUUUGACUUUGGGGCCAAUGAAAUCCGUUUGGCAAAGUUGGAGGGGGAAGUCACAGAGCGAGAGGGCCAGGGUCAAAGUGGGGAUAGAAAUGGUGGUUCUGGAAACGGAAUUGAGGAUGGUGCUGCCCAAGCCGGCAAUGCUGGCCCAACUGUGAAGAUCCCGAAUAGGCUCUUGUCCUUCGCCCUGUUGGCCUCCGUUGCUGGUGUCGGGGCCUGCUUAUUCUAA